CAUAAAUUUCUUCAGAUCCUGAUGCAGAAACUCAAAAACCAGGUAGAGUUUGUUUUCUGUGUGGAUGACAUCCAGCAGCCUGGGAAGAGAGGUCCAGGAAUGGAGGGGCUUCUUCCAGCCCCCCCAGCGCCUUUGGUUGCUGGAAGAAAGAACAAGAUGAAUCUGGUGCUGAGAAAAUGCCUUCUCCAUGUGGCUGUGAUGGGUGCUCUUCUGGCUGUGGGGGCCACAGAAGGACCCAGAGACCAGGACUGGCUUGGUGUCCCAAGGCAGCUCACAACUAAAGCCUGGAACAGGCACCUGUAUCCAGAGUGGACAGAAAUCCAGGAGCCUGACUGCUGGAGAGGUGGCCAGGUGUCCUUGAAGGUCAGUAAUGAUGGGCCUACGCUGGUUGGGGCAAAUGCCUCCUUCUCUAUUGCCCUGCACUUCCCCAAAAGCCAAAAGGUGCUGCCAGAUGGGCAGGUCGUCUGGGCUAACAACACCAUCGUCAAUGGGAGCCAGGUGUGGGGAGGACAGCCAGUGUAUCCCCAGGUACCUGAUGAUGCCUGCAUCUUCCCUGAUGGGAGGGCCUGCCCAUCUGGCCCUUGGUCUCAGACAAGAAGCUUUGUUUAUGUCUGGAAGACCUGGGGCCAAUACUGGCAAGUUCUGGGGGGCCCAGUGUCGGGGCUGAGCAUUGUGACAGGCAACGCAAUGCUGGGCACACAUACCAUGGAAGUGACUGUCUACCACCGCCGGGAGUCCCAGAGCUACGUGCCCCUUGCUCACUCCUGCUCAGCCUUCACCAUUACUGACCAGGUGCCCUUCUCCGUGAGUGUGUCCCAGCUGCAGGACUUGGAUGGAGGGAACAAGCACUUCCUGAGAAAUCAUCCUCUGACCUUUGCCCUCCGGCUCCAUGACCCCAGUGGCUAUUUGUCUGGGGCUGAUCUCUCCUACACCUGGGACUUUGGAGACCAUACUGGAACCCUGAUCUCUCGGGCACUUGUGGUCACUCACACUUACCUAGAGUCUGGCCCAAUCACUGCCCAGGUGGUGCUGCAGGCUGCCAUUCCUCUCACUUCCUGUGGCUCCUCCCCAGUUCCAGUCACCACAGAUGGGCAUGUGCCAACUGCAGAGGCCCCUGGCACCACAGCUGGACAAGAGCCUACUGCAGAAGUCGUAAGUACGACACGUGGUCAGGUGCCAACUGCAGAGCCCGCUGGAACCACAGCUGUGCAGAUGCCAACCACGGAGGUCACUACGCUUGUACAGGUGCCAACUACAGAGGGCAUAGGUACUACAACUGAGCAGGUGCCAACCUCAGAGGUCAUAGGUACCACACUUGCAGAGACCAUAGGUACAACACCUGAAGGGUCAACCGCAGAGCCCUCUGGAACCACAGUUGCACAGGUAACAACUAAAGAGUCAGUGGAGCCCACAACUGGAAAGGUACCCACACCUGAGCCUGAGGGUCCAGAUGCCAACCCAUUCAUGCCUCCAGAAGGUAUUACAGGUUCCCAGAGCCCCCUGCUGGAUGGCGCAGCUACCUUAAUCCUGGCAAAGCGACAAACCCCCCUGGAUUGUGUUCUGUAUCGAUAUGGCUCCUUUUCUCUCACCCUGGACAUUGUCCGGGGUAUUGAGAGUGCUGAGAUCCUACAGGCUGUGCCAUCCAGCGAAGGGGAUGCAUUCGAGCUGACAGUGUCUUGCCAAGGAGGGCUGCCCAAGGAAGCCUGCAUAGACAUUUCAUCACCAGGGUGCCAGCCCCCUGCCCAGCGGCUAUGUCAGCCUGUGCCACCCAGCCCAGCCUGCCAGCUGGUUUUGCACCAAGUCCUGAAGGGUGGCUCAGGGACCUACUGCCUCAAUGUGUCUUUGGCUGAUGCCAACAGUCUGGCAAUGGUCAGCACCCAGCUUGUAAUGCCUGGUAGGUACUUGGACAAGAGUUACGAUGAAGGGGGUGGGGGGAAUAGGCAGAGGCUAUCUGGCAGGGAGCAGACACUAACCGAAGCUGUGCCUGGGUUUCUGCUCACAGGUCAAGAAGCAGGCCUUGGACAGGCUCCCCUGUUUGUGGGCCUCUUGCUGGUGUUGAUGGCUGUGGUGCUUGUAUCACUGAUAUAUAGGCGAAGACUUCUGAAGCAGGGCUCAGCCCUCCCCCUUCCCCAGCUGCCACGUGGUAGCACCCACUGGCUGCGUCUGCCCCGGGUCUUCCGCUCUUGCCCCAUUGGUGAGAACAGGCCCCUCCUCAGUGGGCAGCAGCAGGUCUGAGUAAUCUCAUGUGAUGCUGUGAUUUGCCCAGCG